AUGGAGGAGCUGGAAGCUAUCAAUGAUACUUAUAUCGGUGAUUCAAUGGGUGGGGACCGGUUCAUCUGGCCAAUCACCAAGAAUGACUUUUACACGAUGAAAUUUGGUGGUGACCGGCCGUCUUUGCUCUUGUAUGUAGCCUUCACGUGUUGGCAUAUAUGGAAGGCUCGGUGCAAUCUUUUGUUUAAUCAGCGUCCAAUCAACCCUACACAGGUUCUACGUGCAAUUACAAACUCGGCGGGUGCAUUUGGUGCUGCUGUACGUGAGAGGCAUCCACAACCUACUCCUAUCCUUUCAGUGGCUGGACGAUCGACUAAGUGGUUCCCCCUUACCAUGUUGUAUACAAAAAUCAAUGUUAAUGCUAGUUGGUCAGAGCUGACGCGCUCUGUCUUCGUUGGAAUUAUGUUAUGGGAUGCCGAGGGAUCUUUUGUGGCAGCGAUUAGGUACGAUAUUCGUGCUCUUUGUGUGGGUGCAGCUGAAGCAUUGGCCCUCCUUAAAGGUUGUGAGCUUGGUUUAUCAUUGGGGCUUCAAAUGGUUGUCGUGGAGUUUGAUUCCCAGGAGUCCAUUUCCUCUCUGUCGGACUCGCUCGGCAAUAGUAGAUGGGAAGCUUACCCUUCCUUACUAAAAGCUAAAAGGCUAAGGGAAACUUUCCAGGACUGUCGCUGGUCUUGGAUACCAAGAUCAGCCAACAUAGUGGCGGAUGCAUUGGCAUCACACAUAUGUGCAUAG